ACAAACCCUAUUCCCCCCGUCAGUGGUUGUUCCUCGUCAGUCGGUAUAGAGUCGUGAGUUUUCUUGUGUUAGGCUUAUCGCUGCCACCCUCGUCUCUGCUGAAUACAGGACCUGAACUUAUCUUUCGUUACAAAUUUCAGGCUUACCUGUGUGUGGACGUGAGAGAGAGUGGAAGCGAUGACGAGGAGGAGGCUACAAACUCCAGGGUUCUCCGUGAGCACCAAGGGACACUCUGUGCUGAGAAGACACAAUUAUGGUAGUGGUGCUGGAAGUCCCACUGCAGGUAGACGUUCCUAUGGCUAUGGUUUAGAUUAUUCCAGUGUCUCUCCUGUAAGAUCCCGCUACUAUUCGGGAGAGUCGGAUUAUUUAGAUAGUCAGGUACAACGUGCCACAUCCAUUGGAUCAGAUGCCUUAUACGAAACUCUCGAUACUGCCAACGUGUCUCGUAACCGUGAUUACGACUUGCUUCAGUCCACAAAUUCGGCCAUACCCCCGUCACCGUUUUCUGCUGUAAAGGCCAGAUUGAAUCGGAUAUCAUCAAACCUCCCACACAGACGUUUUACAUCCGAUAUCUCGUCACGACCGUCUCUCACAUCGCACACACGAUCCGACAUAAGUCCAAUCCGGGAUAUCGAUUAUUCUGACACAACUAGUUUGGUAGCCAGCCCUAGUCCUCGACCAUCACAUUUCACUUCAAGACCACACUCCACAUUUCGUCCAAGCGUAGCUCCCGAAAACUCGACGUCGUCAUAUAGCAGUUUUAAAGAUCUAGACACAACGGACCUUGUCGCCAGUCCGCCACCACAGCAAGGAAUUCUGCCACAAAGACUUCUAUCGUUAGGUCGACGAGCUGGUCUCUCGACACCCAUCACAUCCACUAGUUCAUGGCGCGAUUACAAUCUACCAGUUCCCACAAACCUCUCCACAUGUCCGAUAUUUGACGACAGUUAUCCUAUGAUUGAAGAUGAUCCCGAAGAGAGAUCCUCGCGCUUGAUUCAUGGAUAUUUAUCGCCGUCAUUGGUCACAAAGUUUGGAUCACCAGGCAUUUCUCCUAUUGGAAGUGGAACGCAGACGCCCAGUUUUAUACCAAAUUAUGCCAGUCGUUCAAAAUAUGCAGAUCUGCCAUCCCUGGCCAGAAGUUACGCCACAUCCAUGAAUUCUGAUUUUUCACCAGAAUUAGAUUACGCAGAGCAACAGAAGCAUAAAAUCUUGGGGACCAAAAGACACACAGGAAACUAUUAUGAUCGUCUUCAGAGAAGACGAACCGGAAGGAAAGAAAGGUCCAAAUAUUGGCCGUAUUACGAUGUGGAAUCAAUCGCAGGAAGUGAUGUCGGCGAAGUUCUUAGCGAUGAUGAAUACGGCGCUUCAGGUUACACAGCUCCGACAUACGUACCCUCUUACGAGUACGAGGACGAAGACGAUGACUACGUUCCAUUUAAGCCACGAUACGACAGAUUGACCACGCCUGGUUUAUUAGAAAUGUCUCCGUAUAACGAAAGUGCCGUCAAACCUGAUAUUUCCCAUUUGUCCUCCUCUUAUUUACUUCCGAAAUCCACAUCAGCGGUGUCGCGUCUCAACGAGAAUGACUCAAUGGUGUCUGCUCUUGUAGCAAAAUCUGUGGCGAAAGCAAAAGAACAUCUAAAAGACGUGAAUUGGGGGAAAUACGAUAACGCUAGUUUGGUUUUAAGUGUGGAAGGGGAUAUGGUUCACCCAUCCAACGGAGAAAGAUAUGGAUUUAGAUAUUACCCACAACCCAUUUCAGUUCGCGGUGGAAGUAUCGAUGAAAGAAUUAUGGGUGUACCGCCAUCAAAUCUAACAUCAGGUGACAGUGUGUUUUUUAACUAUGUUAGCAAAAUGCGAGAUUUCCGCGGUGGAAUGCGAGAUCGUGUAAGUGAUACUUUGGACACUCCCAGUUUUUGUUCUCGAUAUGACUCUUUGUCGAAAAGUAUUCUGGCGCGUUUACCACCGCUAUCGCCCGGAUAUCCGUCACAUAUACCCCAAACUAGUUUUAAAAAACGUCUGGAGGGAGGUUUGACCCACCAACUGGAUGUUUAUCCCCUGCCUCUGAGUGAAAAAGCUUUUCCCUCACAACUCGAACUCACUACUAAACCUAAGACAAAAGACAGCAAGCAUGAUGAAUUCUCACGCGAAGGCCCAGUCACAGUUCUUGAUAGAAUCUUAAUAAAGGCUGCUAUAGUUGCCAGCAAACUCGAAGACGAACCGGGCACUAGACGUAGGAGAACGCCCAGAUCGCAAUAUGCUGCCAACAAGUAUCGGGCAACCCAUAAAGUAGGAGAGAAUCCACUUUAUUACAGUAACCAGACCGCAUCAACUGCCAGUUUGACAUCAUCUGGCCCAAAAUCGCAAAAAACAACGGACAGGAAAGCUGUUCGUGAUAUGGACGGCAAUUUCACGAAACCGAGAAACAUCCUCUCUUGGCAGUAUCGAUUAGACUCCCGAGUGCCUCCCGAGGAGGUUCUCUACCGACCAACAACUUUUAACCGAAUGAGGGAACGACUCCACGAAGCCCAGGAUAAAAUGGACAGACAUCGACAACUGUUGGAUAGAUAUAUACCUGAUGAAGGAACUACCGAAUCCAUAGAAAGUCGUGUGAACAGAAAAUUAAGUGAACUCGAGACACGCGAUGCUUUUUUCAGGUCUGGUGGAGGCCAAUCUUCGGGACCAAAUGGGCCACCAAUUUCCGAAACCAGAAGACGCAUCCGCAGGGUGCUCAAUGGUACCAGACGUUAAUUAACAGGGAGGAGAUAUUAAAUAAGAAGGGGAGAAGAUGAUGCUACGAUAGCUGGCCGCCAUACAACGACGGUUUAGAGCAGCCUAACGCUAUUUUCACGUUUAAAGUUCGAAGCUGAAGAGCUCGCCUUAAGUUCAACUAUUGUUCAAUGUAAAGCUUAUUAUCAAUAUAUAUGUAGCAAAUAUCUUUAAUGUCCAUUAAAAGUGUACGAAUAUGAUGUUGUCUUCUCCGAACUUCAGUUUCUCCUCUUCUUACAACGAUCUUGUUAAAAACUUUUGGUCUCUUCUUUCGAGUUAAUUUUUUGUAAUUUUUAAAAAUCCAGAAUUAUAAACGAAGAAACCAAAACUCAUCGGUGAGAUUGUAAAUUUAAUUCAAGUAUUUUUAAAAAAUUAUCGUGUGUGGCGAUGUAUGAGAAUUUUAAAACCAUCCCUGUAGCUAAAAUACCUUCGUAGGUUGUGAUGAUGAUUUAGUGUUGGAUUCCGCCCAAUUAAAUUACAGGCCUUUAUAUGGUCGUCCUUAACAACAAUCACAUGACAUGGUCAUAGGAUUGACUCAACCACUGCCAUUUUUUUUUAACAAAAAAAAAAUAAAUGUGUGAUUUUUUAGAUGUUUAUUUUGAAAUUGUAUGAAACAUUUUGAAGGAAGAUCAGAAUUUUAUAUCAGGUUUAUGUCUAGGAUUUAUUUAAAACAUUUUGAUAAUAUCUAUGUAAAUUUUAACAAAACAUUACUAAAACAAAAUAAGGGUCGUAUCUGUUUAUUUAUUGUAAAUAUAGUAUUAUUAUUUGUCUACUUUUUUUGUCUUCUGGGUAAAAACGUAAGAUUUACAAAACUGGGACAAAACUUGCACAUCGGAAAAAAAAAUUUCUUAGACGUAUAAAAUUUAAGAUUUCUGUCUUAUCGUUAAUUUCUGUGUACAUGUAUAUAUUUAUAUCAAUGAAAUUUUAUUUAUUUGUGUAAGAUAUUAUUAUUGUGUUAAAUCUAUACUCUUUCUAUCUUAUGUUAAAAGCUGAAUUAAUCUAUUUAACUCGAAGCCUCGGGAGAAAAAUUAUUAAUUUAUUUGAAGGGCUAUGUGCAAUGUUUGUAGCCGUUACGGUUAAUCCCAGCUCUAUUUUCAAUUUUCCUGGCUUUUAUAAAGAAUUUGCGGUUUGUUUUGUUUACGAAGGUCAGAAGGGCAAGCAUCUAGAUUAUUUCUGCCCUUAGUGAGCAGUUUCUGGCCUAAAUACAAGAUUGCGUUCAAAUAAAAUUGUCAUCUUGCA